ACGCCCCCUCGCAGUACUGUAAAUCACUGAUCGGCGGCGGGUCUCGUGACUCUCCUGCCAGCAUGCGCGCGCUCUCUGUGUCGGCUCUGCUGCUCCUGGCUCUCGGCUGCUGCUGGGGGACGCAGGACAACUUCCUGGACGAGGAUGUCGUCGAGCCCGUUAUCCAGGCGUCCAAAUACGGCUCUCUGUGGCCUCUGCCGCAGAAAGUGCAGAUCUCGGACGUUCCGCUGAAGCUGAGCGGAACCACUUUCGAAUUCACCGAUGCGAAGGGCUCGACCGCCGGGGCGAGCUGCAGCGUGCUGCAGAACGCCUACAGGAGGUACUUUGAUUAUAUUUUUGGGGGCCCCAAAAAACAAAAGAUGAGCAGAAACAGACGAAGUGGCCCCACGGAGGUGACAGAGCUGCAGGUGUCGAUCACAUCACCUGACUCCCAAUGUGAUGGUUAUCCUGGCGUGACGUCAGACGAGUCAUAUGAGCUCUCUGUGGACGCGCCGGUCGCCGUCCUGAAAGCACCAACCGUCUGGGGAGCCCUGCAUGGACUGGAAACGUUCAGCCAGCUGGUGUAUGAGGAUAAGUAUGGAGCUAAAACCAUCAAUUCCACAAAAGUGAGCGACUUCCCGCGGUUUGCUCACCGAGGGAUCUUGCUGGACAGCUCGCGCCAUUUCCUCCCCAUUAAAGUCCUCUUAGCCAACCUAGAAACGAUGGCGAUGAACAAGUUCAACGUUUUCCACUGGCACAUCGUAGACGAUCAGUCCUUCCCGUAUCUGAGCCGGACGUUCCCCCAGCUGAGUCAGAAGGGAGCUUACCACCCGUACACCCACGUGUACACGCCCGCCGAUGUGAAGAUGGUGAUCGAGUUUGCUCGCCUGAGGGGGAUCCGGGUCAUUCCGGAGUUCGACACUCCAGGACACACGCAGUCCUGGGGGAAAGGCCAGAUGGAUUUGCUCACCCCGUGUUUCUCCGGCGCUGCGCCGUCCGGCACCUUCGGACCGGUGAACCCCAUCCUGAACACCACCUACGACUUCAUGAGCCGCUUCUUCAAGGAAGUGAGCAGCGUGUUUCCCGACGGCUACGUUCACCUGGGAGGCGACGAGGUGGACUUCUCGUGCUGGAAGUCCAACCCGGACAUCAAGAAGUUCAUGGACGAGCAAGGCUUCGGGCAGGACUACAGCAAGCUGGAGUCCUUCUACAUCCAGAAACUUUUGGACAUCGUCACCACAACUAAGAAGGGUUACAUCAUCUGGCAGGAGGUCUUUGACAACGGUGUUAAGCUGAAGCCCGACACGGUAGUGCAUGUGUGGAUGGGCAGCGGCAGCGAUGCGGAGAUGAACAAGGUGACGACGGCGGGAUACACCACCAUCCUCUCCGCCCCGUGGUACCUAGAUUAUAUUAGCUACGCUCAGGACUGGCAGAAGUACUACAAAGUCGAGCCGCUCAACUUCAACGGAACUGAAGAACAGAAGAAGCUGGUGAUUGGUGGAGAAGCCUGCCUGUGGGGGGAGUACGUGGACGCGACCAACCUGACACCCCGACUCUGGCCGCGAGCCAGCGCCGUGGCGGAGCGGCUGUGGAGCGCCAAAGAGGUCACGGACAUCAACGACGCUUACAACAGACUGUCGGCGCACCGCUGCCGCAUGGUGGAGCGGGGGAUCCCAGCCGAGCCGCUGUUCUCCAGCUUCUGUCCGCACGAGUACAAAGGCAUAUGAGCGCCUGAGAGGCUGACCGGGGAGCAAAAGGGAAUCGAACCUGCGUGCAAUCAACUCCAAGCCUGUUUUAUUUCCAAAUGCUGCCUUCUUCCAGCAGUGCUGCUGAACACUUAUUGAUUAUGACGGCACUAUUUUACUUCUCUGAAUGUCUGAUGGUCAAACAGGAACUGUUAAAUAAUUAUCUGCAAAUUGAUUUUACACUAUUUACACUUUUGAGAAUAUUUCCCACAUUAAAUCUUCAUCCUCCGUCUGACGGUGGCUGUGAGUCCUCCGUCCGGGUCACAGCAGACCAGUCACCCGUCUGAGCAGACUGUUCUGGUCCUGAGUGCUCAUGGGCUCGUAGGCGUCCAGCUCCAGGGAGAAGGUGGCGUUUCCAGACGUCAGGGUUCGCAGAGCGGUGGAGUAUCCCUGUGACACGCCAACAGUGAGGAGCGGCUCGCUGAAAACAAAGUUCCUGAUGAACCGCAGACUCACCAUCAUCUCUGCCAGCGGCGCGCUGGCCAGCAGCACCUUGUCGUCAUGACGACUCUGGAUGUCUCGGACCACCCCCCGUCGUUGAGCCAAGUCUCCCAGCACGGCGCCGAGGUGCUCCUCCCCCACAGUCACCUCCAGGGACAUGACGGGCUCCAGAACCUGCCCUCCCGCCAGCUUCAGCGCCUGCAACCAAAGCCACAGAUCUUCAAGCACUCCCGCAGCUGGACGCUGCACGCGGGGUCCAGCUUCACCUUCAGCAUGCAGCGCGACACGCAGGCCGACACCAUGGUGGGGGACGUUCCUGCUUCGGCGCCGACGCUCUGGAUCAGUGCGGAGACGCCCUGCACUGGAGAACCCAACACCGGACCUGACGGAGGAGGAGGAAGAGGAGCGUCAGGUUUCCCUAAAGCUGAACCCAUCAAAUCACAUUUCCCUUAUAAAGUUAAACAUUCAAGAAUCAAAUGGAUGCUGGAAAACACUUAAAUGCUUGAAAUUGCAACAUUUUGUUUGAUUAAUGUUCAGGAAAAUAAAGAAAUCAAGAGAAACUGAAAUACAAA